AUGCUGACACCUUAUCGGUAUAGCCCGAAAAAUUUUAGCUGUCUGAUUCCAUAUUUUGAUGUCUACGAAGGGGAACUGAAACAGCUGAUCAUAGACCUUGAUAAUUUAGUGGAACGGAAGAAAUUAGAAUGGAGCAACAGAAUUAGGACAGCCGAGGCGAAAUUAGCUGAAGAAAAGAAGACUCAUUGUAGAACGAAAUCCCUGGUAGCCUUGAAGGAUGUAGAGAUUGUAAAAUUAACUCAACGUGCUCAAUAUCUGAAGGAGUGCAAUGAAGCGGUGAAGUUGGAUUACGAACGCCAGAUCGAGAGCCUGAAAAACUCGUCGAAUAUGAUGUCGGAAAGUCUUAUUAAACUGCAAGCAAAAUAUAGUAAAUGGCGGUCUCGGUGCCACGUGUCUGAUGUGCACACGCGGAAUAUUGGGACUUACUGCAAUAAUCUAGCUGGAGGCAAUGAUGCUCGUGAGGCUGCACCUGCCGUUUUGAUUGCUUCUUUAAAGCAAUCGAAUGAAAUCGAAUCGCAAGUUGCUACGAAAACAUUGGAAAUUAACGAACAAAGGGCUCAACUUGAUUCUCUUGAACGCGACUUUCGUGCGCAGAUACAAAAGGUUGAGCAGCAGGUUCAAGAACUUAUCGCUUCGAAGCGUGUACAAGAUCAGGAAAUUCUUUCCCUAAGGCAAAAAGAAAACUGCCGUCCAGCCACUCGCAACUUUAGGCUUCAGUGGUCGCCACCAAAGCUGCACAUUACCACGAGCGAGGUUUCCACACAAGUGCAUCACAAACCCAAUGUGCACUGCACAUCCACAAUGACCGACUGUAAAUAUUUCGGACCUUCAAAAUCCGAUAUCAUUAUAGCAAAGCUAGAGGAUGAAAUUUCACAGAAAAACGAUCGGAUUAGAGAAAUGGAAGAUGGCUACGCUGCUGCUAUGAAGCUGAUAGAGGAAUUAAAAGUGGGAAUCGAGGAGGGUAAGGCGGCUCUCGCGCACAAAUGUGCUGAACUGGAACAGGUGAGGCUCCGCAUACGACCUCGUGAACGACAGAGUUUCCAGUCGAAGGCAUGUCAAUCUGAACCAGUUGGGUACUGUGACCGUGGUGUUGACUGCAAACCUACUCAAACUCAGGCCGUCGAAUGUCAGGUACCUGAGGUUUAUCCGGACUCCUCUGUGAACAAUAUCCCAGGUUUUCUCGCGGAAGCACUAAUGGUGUUGGAUGAGGGUCGCUAUGCCGUGUCACCGGCAAUUCAGGAGGAAAUCGAAUUGGCGAAUGUCAAUGCUAUGGAGCUUAGAUGCGAAUCUCAAACCAAGCCUUCUGAAUUUUCAGGUCUCGAUGACAGAAUCCCUUUAGCCACUCAAACAGAAGUCAACGUGUCUGUGGAUACUGUUGAUGUCUCUAACGAGAGCGGUACAAACGUCCAGGCCCUCCUAGCUGACUGGAACUCUACAGAAAACCAAUGGGUUAGCCAUCUGAAGAGUAGCUCGGCCCGCUCGAGCCCAACCUGGAUGACAGCGGUGCGGACGAAGCAGGCGGAUUUGACGGUCGGUGACACCGAGAGUGCUCCUGCCGUCGCCAUUGUCACGGCGCCUGCUACUACAGUAGCCGUCACUACCUCUAUUGCUGAGGGAGUUUUCUGCUCACCGCCUUGGCUGUCAAACAAAGAAUGCGAUGUCGAAUCCACUUACAGGAGUAACACCAAGCGUGAUCAGCAAGAUAUCGGCGUACCUCCAUCGGCGGAUUCAACACCUGCAGACUUCGCCGGUGUCACACUAGCUAAUACUCAGAAAGUCCCAGAAGGAACUCCUCAAUUGUUCUUCAGUGCUGCGCGGUCAUCCCACUUCACACUGACUUCUGUAUCUGCUGAUGGAGAUGCUUGGAACGAGCCUAGAAGUCCAUCGAAAGGACGAGACAGCUUCUUCGGCCUGGGAAUUUGGAACGAUGAUGACGUGGAGCAGUUGGCGGUUCACUUUCUGGCGACGGAACGCGAGCACUCAACAUCCCUUGAGGCGGCGAUCGAGCGACAUCUCGAGGACCUACGCCUCAACGUCGCCUCCUCGAGUCUCCCUCUCGUGCCCUCUGCGCAGUAG